CGGUUUCGUCUGACGGCCGAGCAAUCCCAAUGUGGUCCAGACAGCAUUGCUUGUCGUCACGACGAUAGUACCUCUCCAAAGUUUAUGUCAAUAAUGGCGACUUCCCCACUCACGCUGUUGCUGAGGCGAAAUAUAGGAAAACAUUUCGUACGGAAAAAAGUGCGACCUUUACUAAGCAACUUCAGGGAAAGCAGCCAAAUAGGAGACCAUAGCUGCCCCUGUUACUUCUACUGUACCCAAGUGUUAUUCAGGAAUGAUGUAACUGUCAAGUACUCUGACGGCCUUCCAGUCCUCUCAGUGCCUUUACCGUCUCGUCGGGAGACCUGUGAAUUCACCCUCAAACCCAUCACCCACACAGUGGGGGAUUUCCUGCGCUUCCUCCGAGAAGAGGAUGGAGGCAUUGACAGAGCCUCAGUAUACACACAAGAUGGCAGUCGAGUGGCGAGGUCCACGACCAUUGAUAUAUUGUUACGCUCGGACUUCAAGCUGAUCAUCAAUGAGGAGCAGUUUACAGUCAGCCCACCAGAAACACGCCCCUUGGUAAAUGAGGAUGCUGUGAUGUUGUCGGACGUGAAGGCGUUGAUAUCCACCCUGUUCUCCACCCUGAAUGUGGAGCAGUAUCAGCUGGAGCGGGAGAAGGAGCUGCAGCAGCAACUGGAGGACCUUAAAGUGCAGCUGGCUCCUCUAGAACGGGUUAAACAAGAUCUGGCUAUGAAGUCGACUAACUACACGUCGAAGCUGACAUGGCUGGGCCUGGGUUUGAUGGGGCUUCAGUUCGGCAUUCUUGCCCGACUCACUUGGUGGGAGUACUCCUGGGACAUCAUGGAGCCGGUGACCUACUUCGUCACAUACGGAACCACCAUGGCCAUGUAUGCUUACUUUGUCGUCACAAAACAGGACUACAGUUUCCCUGAUAUAAGAGAUCGCCAAUUCUUGUUGAAGUUCUACAAGCAAGCCAAGAAGCAGAAUCUAGAUGUUCAUAAGUACAACGAAUUGCGUGACGCUGUCUCGCAAGUUGAACACGACCUCCGCCGCCUUCGUGACCCCCUGCAGCUACACCUACCCAUCACAGAGCUAGAGAAGGUCAAGUUCAAACAAGAAACAGCAUAAGCACUGGCACAGUUGUUGCUGUAGUAUAGUGCACUGCAGAGGGUAGUUGGAGUCAGGGUUGUCCAUACCAGGAAGGUGGGACGUAUUUGUCAUAUUCACCGGAAUUAUUGGGAAUAGAGAAACUGUUAUGCCAUGAGAACAAAAGACUUUGUCUGAAAGGGUUUACUGACUGUCCAGGGCCCGCUUCCAUGAAGUGAUCUUAGUGCUUUGUCUUUCUUAACUCGUUGUUUGAGUAUGGGGUUACGUCUCUGGUAAUGGAUGCUCACUGAAAGAUGCCCAUGACCAAUGACAUAUUAGAGCAGGAGUUGGAAUUGUUCAGGCCUAAGAUUGAAUUAAAGAACAGGGUCUUAUCCCUGUGUUAGGGAAUGAAAGCUGUUUUAGAUGUUGACAGAAGACAAGUUUGAGCAAUAAGAUUAAACGGUGUUUGGUACUGGUUGCAAUAGUUGUAGCACUAAGGUAGGUUUGAGGAACAGGCCCAUCUCCUUUAUGAGUCAUAUAUGGCACACCUGGGAAAAACUCUCUGGUUGGAGAAAAAAUCAGUACAGGGCAAGGUGGUGGGAAUUCUUUCGAAUACUUGCCAGGACACGAGUCAGUGCCGGAACAUGAGUCAGUGCCAGGAACAUCAGUUAUCAUAAAGCUCUGGGCCAGAGUCCACAAAGCGAUCUUAGCGCUAUGACGAUCAUAACUUUGAUAUAGACUUACGAAAGUGCUGAGACUGCUUUAGGGACAAGGCUAAAGUAAGUUCUUACAGAUGUCUGCCUUACAGUGCAUAUAAGGAUUGCUUUUAAGCUGGGUUAGCGUAAAUACCAAUACCCUUCUAGGGGCAUCACAGUUUUAAUCUCAACAGUCAUUCCUCAACACUAGGACAAUCUGCAGUGACCAUUGGCCAUUUUGACAACCUUUAAUAUCCUGCUUACACGUCUCGUACAGACUCUAGCUGUAAAAGAGCUAGUCAAAUUCUUACUGUUUACAUGACUAUGGGAAAAGUGUCACCUUUCACUUUGCUGUAUUUGGUCAUCUAGUAGAACUAGUGACUUUUCUCAGUUAAUAUACUGAUGGAAAUUAAUCAGGGAACACUUCGUUUUCAAUACAGCAAAAUGAUAUCCUAUCUUGAGUUGUUCGCAGCCAUGUCUACCAAAUACAUGUUGAAAGAAUGCACACAAACACAUCUCUAGACGUUUGAUUCUGAAUUUAUAUGCGCGCUAUUUCAAAUGUACUGACAGUAAAGCUGACUUCCCCAUAUUUUUCUUUGUUCCCUUAUUUGUUUCCAUCAGUAUAUUACUGGUCGUGUGGAAACUGAUGGACAUUUGUCGUAUGGACAGUUUUUGAUAAGGUUAGACUCUGUGUAUUACAUGUUAAAUAUCUCCACAUGGAUCUGUGUAUUACAUGUUAAAUAUCUCCACAUGGAUCAUCCAGAACUAGGCUAGUACUCUUAUUCAUCAAGUUCCUAUUUGUCCUUAAUGGUCAUUGAGAUGAGCUAUUCAAACACUGUCCUAUGCUGUAAGUAACUGCUAUACAACAUCGGAGAGGUUGAUUCUCACAGUAUACAUAUCAUGUAGGCAUCACGCUGUAGGUUGUUCUGACAGCAUAGUGUUACAAAUCAUACCACGGAUUACGGAAAUGGUACAUCAUUUUGAUUUGUUGAGAAAGCCUUCCUUUUGGUCCAAGUUUUUCCAAGCGUUAUUUUUAGAGUUUUUCUCCUUUUCAUCCUGUUAUUGUAGUUGAUCAAUUGUUACCUCUAGGGAAUGGUUUCAUGGGUGUCAAAACAGCUGUUUUAUGUUCUCUGUUUUGUGUGGUUUUCAAAUACUUUUGUCCUGUUUUGCACUUGAGGGCUGCACACCUAAUAUUGAACUCUUUUCCUUAUUUAAAGGUUUAGUUGUCCAGUUUGUCAUGGAAUGUGUCAGUUUUGUUGGAACGUGUCAUUGAAUUUAAUGGAACAAAUCACCACACUAUGCAACUAAUACGUUCACUGUUCACCCCAAACAAGAGAAGUAGUUCUUUAAAGGAGAUUUUGAGAACAUGUUCAAAACCAUUUGUUUCUGAAGUGAUUGAACAGUUUUUGUAGGAUUAUUGAAGGCACUUCUGUUUAAAUUAAAACAGUCUUAUUCUUUAGGCAGUAGUUUUUCCUGAUGUAGCAAAUUACUAUUUUCAGAAAUAAUCAUUGGUUUUGAGCAUGUUUGAAUAUUUGUAUUUUUCAACUUUCAAUUCUAAUCUUUGUGAAAUACCUGUAAAUUAUCUAGGAUUACAGUUUUAGCUUUACAUUUGGUGGGUAGUAACUAAAAUAUGAAGUUGCUAUUUAUUCUUCAAACUACAUUCUUAUAUGCUGUUUUCAAUUUCAAUCUUGUUAUUAACUUGUUAUCAAACAUUUUUGACAUAUCUCAGAAUGUUCUGUAGUCUAGUUCUUCAUGUGCUUAUUCACCAGCUGAAUGGGUAUAAGAAUAUUAGUGAUAAGUAGUGGUCUGCCUACUAGCAUCUGGUAGAUUAGGUUUACAUUGCAUAUGACCAUACAACUGCCUUGGCAAUUAAGAUUACAAGAUGCUUCUUAAUAUUAUAUGACCUUUUUCACCUGCAUUUAUUUGGAUGUUUUUUACUAGUAUCUCAAAAUAAUAACAUGUUCUUAGUUCUUGGAACUUUUUAAACAUUUGAAAUGUAAUUUUCAUUAUUGAUCAAAUAAAUCAUCAGAUUAAAUUGGAACAAAAAUAAAAUAUUGUCCCACAAGGCUACCAUUUCGCAUAGUAUGAAAUUUGAGUAAGUGUUUUAAAAAGAUGUUAAAAGUUGUUUGAUUUUGUUGUUUUUCUUUGACGAUUUCACAAAUGAAUUGGAUGUGGUCUCAUAUUCAGAAAAUGCUAUUGUACUUAAGAAAAAAACCAAAUGUCUCAACCUCAUUUGUUAACCUGUAGUACUAGCAUAAAAGGGCACCUGCUUAGCUUGUAGGGGUGAGUAGGUUUAUGUUAAAAGUAAUAGCAGAAAUUGAAUAAGUCCACUGUACGUGUUUAGGUUGUGAUGCCAGAUUGUCCACUGCCUUAAUACAUAAUGUGUGAUAGAUAUUUUCAAAGAGGUUUUUCACUGUGGGGCUUAGACUAUACAAAUCCACCGUUCAUGUGUCAAGAUGUUUUCAAUAUGAGGCUAAUGAUAAAUAUGAAUAAUUGGUUGAUCUGUACUUUUUGAAAUAUUGGUGUUAGUUUCCAUGUUUUGUGUUCAGUUAUCGAAAGUGUGCUCCAUGCACGUGUUUGUCAUAGCAAAAAAUGCUUUCUUUAGAUCAAGAUGGACAUUUUUCAACUAGAUGGAAAAAAAGCAAUGCCAACCACAUGUGUAUCAUGGCAGAUCGUUUCUGUUCUGUAAUAUGCUUAGUAUGUGUAGACAGUUGUGUUACGGACAUGGGUUUUAUAGGAUGACCCUACAGCAUGAUAAGCCUAUCCAACAGGGUAACUGAUGCCGAGCCUCAAUGUGAUGCCAUCAGAGACGAGUGGAUGGAUGAGGCGUAUGACAGGGACAUACAAUAAGCUGGAAUGUUUCCUGAUAGAGAAUAUGUAAAAGUUGGAAUGUUUCCUGAUAGAGAAUAUGUAAAAGAUGGAAUGUUUCCUGAUAGAGAAUAUGUAAAAGAUGGAAUGUUUCUGAUAGAGAAUAUGUAAAAGUUGGAAUGUUUAGCUGAAAGGCAUACAAGCUGUGAUCCCCCAAAACCUUGACUGGAUUGUUUCGCUCUAAGUUGACGACUUUCGCCUUUACCCAACAUAGUCAAGGUUAUAUUGGGGCCAUAUAAGUGGAGUUUCUUCACCUAUUACACAUAAGCAUGCAUGUGGGUGUGAUGAUGAUCAGUGAUGUGCUUAUACAGUUAUAGGUGUACAUUCAUCGUCCCAUUGGUACAAUGUCUGAUGGGCAAUUAAGGCAUAACUCACUGUCAGUAGCUUUUUGCAAGAAACUAGAGACAAAGUAAUCCUACAUUCUGAAUGGCUUGAAAUACCUCCUCCCGUAUAGCUGUGAUGAAACACCUUGAAUCUGUGAAAGGUGAAUACCGGUAACUGGAAUAAAGAUCUUAAUGGUAUGAUGUUCAAGAUAUCAUGUGCAAAAAAUGUGUUGUACAUAAUAGAUUUUGUAGGUUGACCACAACAAAUGGCCUGUUAUUCAUGGAGGAAAGCUAUCAGCAGUAACCUUGUAUGUGAUAAAUCACCAUAUUUAUUUUUAAUCAGAACCAGAGUUGUUUACAAAAAUGUUCCAAAGAUAUGGCCAGUUUUUAUCAGGUAAACCACAAGUUAUAAAUUUCGCUGUUUGACCGACACAUCUGUGGGUCUUUGAUGAAAGCAAACAGUUAUUUCAUCUUUUGCACAUAGUAUCUUAAUAUACUUCCGUUUAAAGUCUUUGAGUCUGACAGUAUGCAAGUGUGAUAACCAGAAUUUGUUUAUUUUUCAUCAUGAAUGUCCAACUGUUGUAGUGAUCCCAUGAAAGUUGUCUCUUGUUUCAGUGAUGACUUUAUCAAUGUUACCAUAUUACUGCUGAACAAGGUUUCCCUCUCCAAAGAGGAACGGUGGUAUGUUUAUCAGAAGUUUAACAUAGGUUCAGGAAGGAUGAUCUCCAUGGCUUGACAGUGAUGUGUCUACAUUGUCAUGAACAUAGUCCAUUUUUUUGGCCCCAAACAUUUUGUGUUAAUCCAGGACCAUUGGUGCCUCUUCCUUUUCCAAUUUUGGUUCUUGUAGGCUUUUUACCAUUAUCUUUAUCACAGUAGCAGCGUUUUGCUCCAAGACUGAUCAUGCUCUGAAGGGAGGGAGUUUCCUCUAACGACACUUUACUCCUAAACUGUUCUGUACAUGUGUUCAGACAUAUUGGAACCAAGUCUCUUUGUGCUUUUCAAAAAAUUAUUCUGUACCUCAGUUGUAUCUGUGCUAAAGCACAAUGAAAAUGCAUAAUCAACUUUAACUCAAAAUCAGAAAAGAUGUGCUUUUGUGCUCAAGUCCAUCUCCAAACACAUCGAAUGAGAUUGAAACCCGUACAACGACAUUGUUGUGUUUGAUUAUCUCAUGCCUAAAAAAAGAGAACUUCAUUUGUUUUUUAUGGCCAUUUUGCCAAAUGUUGCCCAAAAUAGUGAAUAUGCAUUUUCAAAGUGUUUCAGUAUAGAUCAGGCAGCUUCGCCAAAAUUAAACCAUAGAAAUGUCUGUAUGCACUCAUAAACCCAAGAGUACAUUCAUGUUGAAGAGAAUAUUCAAAACAUUUAAAUUCCAAAAAUACAUCAUCUGACAAGGAGAAAGGCUCAGGUCGUCUGCAAGAUUUCACUUUCAGUUGGUGUUUAAGCUGAUUUUUGGAAACCAGAUACACAUCUGAGGAUGUACAGCUAUGUUGUUACUUGCACAUCAAAGAUAAAAACAGUUUUCUCUGUUGUUCCAAUAAAGUGUUAGUGUGUCACUCGUGUAAAUAGGCCAAUGAAUACGUAAAGCCAUAUGGUACGGACACCGCUAUUGCCCUUACAACUGUUACUGUCCUGUGGUAUUAAUGGUACUUGUUUGAAACAGAUAAAAAUAAUAAUAAAAAUAUUGACAUAUUGGGUUUAAAUGAGGUCACAAUGUUUCUCAUUUUACUGUCAAUGUGCACAUACGCCAGUUAUAUCUUUAGUUGAUUAUCAUUGUUAAUCGAAUUAACCUGUUUGUUGCAUAAUAUAUAUAAACAAAUAUAUCAAUAUAUACAUACCCUAAUGUUUAGUAGGAAAUUAAUCUGGCUAUAUCAGUGAUAUAAUAUGCCUGUGGAAUACCUACAUGUAUGUCAUGAUCUGCUUACUCUGUUCUCCACUUUCACACUUUCUACUUGUGUAGCACAUGGAGCAUCUUCGUGUGCACAGGUGAAGGUUAAUAUUAGUUUUCUUCCAGUUUGUUUAUAGGCCCUAUGAUCCAAAGUUUCACCAAUUCAGAACAAAUUUCCCCAAAGUCUUUUUUCUCCAAAUAAAGUCUGUUAAGUACCUACAGUCAUGAAAAGGAAUAAUAAUAAAAAGCCAAUGGGGGCAAGGAAGUAAGUCCUUUGGCUUGUUUUCAUAAAAGGCAUUUUUAAUUCAUUUCAUUUGUUCUUUCGAAAAGACAAUUUUUUAAUUUUGAUAUUUUUGCAAAAAUGAAUCUGUAUACCUAAUACUUCACAAGAGAGGCCUUAUGUCCUUGCCAGAACACAUUUUUUGCAGUCUCCAGUGUGGGCAAACAGUAUCAAAUAAUAAGACCAGAAGUUUUUGAAAAUGUGAGGGUGAGGAUGUUACUUCAGGUAUCAAGUUUCAUUCUAGUUUGUUAAAUUGAAAUAUAAUUUUUGUUAUGUUUAUUUGAUGUUUCACAGGAUUUGUUAUUUUGAGAAUGGUAGCUAGUUAUCCGAAGAAAAGCACUCUGUGUACAUAUUCUCCCGCUCUUUCCAUUUCUUCAAACAAGUUGCCUGUAUCUUCUGGUAUGUUAUACAAUGCAUGCUGGGCAGUUUUAGAACCUCACUAUAUUUACACAUCUAGAUAAAUUGCACCAAGUGCCAUGUUUAUAUCUGUAACACCCAGAAAUUAUUAUUAAUCCUAGUUACCUGGAACCAAGCCCAAGGAAUGAAUGUAUGGGUCCUUUACAAUAGUUAUCUUUAGAAAAGGAAUGCUUUGUUCAAGCAUCAGCUUUUGAUACUAUGUUUGCUUGGUGAAAACCUCAGGAUGACAUGCUCUCACUUGAAGCUGGUGUCAGAUGUGUAGAUAUAUAGACGUUUGUAAAACUGUGGUAUAUGAAGACCUACCAUAUUCUGCUGUUGUAGCCUGACACAGACCAUCAUCUCCAGGUUUGUAUGUAAUGAUCACACACUCAGCUCUUUCUAUUUUCAGUAAAAAUAAAUUUUGAUAGAAUUAA